AUCUCCGCUCUCUCUCUCUCUCUCUCCUGCUUUGUGCUUCCUUCUUGCGCUUAUGGCGUCAUUGAUCGGCCGCGGCAACGGAAACCUCACCCUCGACUUCAUCCGCCACCACCUCCUCGCUGACCUUCCUCCGACGCCCCCCUCAGCUGUCCUUCCCCCGCCGCUACCCAUCGGCAGCCAUCACCACCACCACGACGGAUACCGCUUCCCCGAGCCUGCCGCCCCCAUGAUCAGCUUCGGCCCCGCCGGCCCUGACCGACUGUCUUCCCUCACCGUCGCCCUCUCCUCCGAGCUUGGCUUCGACAGGGUGGAGGAGGAGAGGUCGCUGGUGGCUCGGGACGACGCACGGCGGUACCGUGGCGUCCGGCAGCGGCCGUGGGGGAAGUUCGCGGCGGAGAUCCGCGACCCCAACCGCCGGGGGUCCAGAAUCUGGCUGGGGACCUUCGACACCGCCGUGGAGGCCGCGCGAGCGUACGACCGCGCCGCCUUCCAGAUGCGCGGCCGCAAGGCCAUCCUCAACUUCCCCAACGAGGUCGGAAGCUCCCGCCACCUGGCCCCUCCCCCUCCUGCGCCGCAGUCGGAAACCACUGGGAAAAGGAAGAGGGAGGCUGAGGAGGUGGCCGUGGGGCCGCGAGAGAUCAAGAAGGAGAGGUCGCCGGAGGCUGAGGUCGUCGAGGCGGAGUCUGUUACAUCGGCGUUUCCACUGACGCCGUCAAGCUGGAGCAGCAUGUGGGACUUCGUGGAGGCGGAUGCGGCGGGGUUAUUCGACGUGUCGGUGCUAACGCCGUUAUCUCCGCAUCCAUCGUUAGGCAUUGCGGCGCUCCUCGUGAAGUGAGAGGCGAAACUGUUCUUUAGGAAACGAGAUUGCAGGCAAAAAAAUAAAUAUAAUGAACGAGAAAAGAGAACAAAUUUUAUUCCUUAUCUUUGCCUUUUUACAUUAUCUACCGCUGUCGGCUGAAGAAUCAUGAGAAUAUCGAGUUUCCAA